AAAUUAAUAAUAAAAGAAGAAUGGUUAUAUGGUGGAUAUUGCAGGCUGCAAGCCAGACCUUCCAUGCCUGAGGAUGAGAGAGAGAGAAAGGGUGGAGGUUUAAGAGAGGGUUUAGGUCUACCAACUGGUAGUUAGAGAUUGAGCUCCUUAACCAAACAUCACAGGUAGAAGAAGAAGAAGAAGAAGAAGAAGAAGAAGCAGAAGCAGAGGAAGCAGAGGAAGAAGAAGCAAUCAUGUGGAACAAACAACAGUUGCUGCUUCCACAACAGGGAAUUGAGGAAGAUGGGAAGAAAGCAAGCAAUCCCUAUGAAAAAGGAAAACUCAUUUUAAUUGAAAGCAGAGAUAGAGAUAUAUAGAAAGAGAAAGCAGAGAGAGAGGGAAAGAGAGAGUUGGGUGUGUGUGUGUGUGUGAAUCUCACACGUGAGGAGAGAUGGAAUGAUGGAUGGAGAAUAUAUGAUUAGAAAAGGAAAAGAGGAAAAGGGGGGGUGCGAUGAUUUGCACUUUGAUGAUUUAAGUUCUUUGAAUUAUCGCGGAUCCCUUCUCUUCUUUUGAAAAAAUAUAUAAAAUAAGUAAAAAGGAUUGGCUUUAUUUUUGGUGGUGGGGUUGUUUUCUUGUGAGCCCAAUGAAAUGAAAGGGGGAGGAUAUCGAUAUGAGGUGUUGUUAAUUGAUCUCGGGAUCAGUUUGUCUGCGGUCUGGGGAGUUUUAUUUCAGGAGAUCGAGUUGUAAUCUUCGAGCUUCCCUGUUCCCUACAAGACACACAACUGUUACGGGUCUUCAGUUCAUAGAGUGACUAGGUAAUUUGAGUAUUUGGCUCAGUAUUUAGGGCCUGGAGGGUUUUUGGAUAUAGGAGAAAGAAUGGCUACUUAUUACUCAAGCUCAAAUAAUCAAAGAGAUGCUACACCAAUGCUCUAUCUAAGGGAACCUUUUUCUGGCUCAUACCCGGAAGCACCUGUUCUUCCCAAUAAUAUAAUGAUGUAUGCAAACUACUCAUCUUCUGGUCCGUACUCGAAUACAUUGGCUGGAAAUUCUGAGCAUCAGCAAAACUGCAUUGAAAUCCCAUCCAUGGGGGCUUCAGAUUCCACACAGCCGCAGUCAGAAAUUCUCUCAAACCUUGACGGGUCACGCGGAGUGGAGCAGGAUUAUAAUGCUUGGAGGGAUGGGAGAAAUGAGAUGCUAUUUAUGCAGCCAAUGGGUGGCUCUUCUGGCAUUCCUCAUGGCAGCCAGAACCUGCAGGGUCAGGGAUUAUCCCUCAGUCUUGGCACACAAAUCCCGUCGGGAAUCCAAAUGCCUUCUGUCCAAUAUCGAAAUCCAAAUUCAGAUUUCUCUUCAUUUUUGAGUCCUCAUAUGUCGGUACCAACUGAGGGAGGCAGCAGGAGUAAAUCUUUUAGAGAUGAUGAGAAUUCUCUAAGUAAACAGUCUGCGAAUGCUGAAUAUUUUCCACCUGGUUUACCCGGAGGAAAUCAAGAUUCGAUGAAAGCGGAUCCGUCUCCCUAUGGAAUGUCAAGUAUUGCAAGAACCAUUCCCAAUUCCAAGUACCUUAAGGCUGCACAGCAAUUGCUUGAUGAAGUUGUAAAUGUGCGGAAAGCUCUAAAGCAGCCCGGUUCUCAAAAAAACCAGAAGUUUGACGAGAUUCAGAUGAAGACUUCCAAAGAGGCCGAUGGGGGGCUUAAGAAUGGGACUGCAUCACCUUCUGCAAGUGGAAUGCCAUCAAACCCUCGAGAGUUCUCUGGCAACUCCUCCAGUGAGCUUUCUUCUGCUGAGAGACAGGAUUUGCAAAAUAAGUUGACAAAGCUAUUGUCCAUGUUGGACGAGGUCGAUAGAAGGUACAGGCAGUAUUAUCAUCAGAUGCAGAUCGUGGUCUCAUCUUUUGAUGUGAUAGCCGGAUGUGGGGCAGCUAAACCAUACACAGCACUUGCUCUUCAGACAAUUUCUCGCCACUUUCGUUGCUUGCGUGAUGCAAUCACUGGCCAGAUUCGCGCUACCCGUAAAAGUCUUGGGGAGCAAGAUACUUCAGCAAACAGCAAAGGGAUUGGAAUAUCUCGCCUCCGCUAUGUAGACCAACAGCUGAGGCAACAGAGAGCUCUUCAGCAGUUAGGUAUGAUGCAGCAACACACAUGGAGGCCACAGAGAGGGCUGCCUGAAAGCUCUGUUUCAAUUCUUCGUGCUUGGCUAUUUGAGCAUUUCCUUCAUCCUUACCCAAAGGAUUCUGACAAGAUCAUGCUGGCAAGACAAACAGGCUUGACCAGAAGUCAGGUUUCAAAUUGGUUUAUAAAUGCACGUGUGCGUCUCUGGAAGCCCAUGGUUGAAGAAAUGUACAAAGAGGAGAUUGGGGAUGCUGAGAUGGACUCGAAUUCUUCAUCUGAACAUGCAUCAAAAGCAACACAAGGUGAUAGCAAGGGCCUUGAGGACAUGAGGCAAGAUGCACAACAAAGUGCGACUUCCACAGCCAGUGAGAGAUGUCGUCCUGGACAAUUCCUCGGGUCCAAAUCUGACCACUUUCGUGAUGCAGGAAUGAUGGGAUCAAUAACUGGAGCCAGCUUCCAGAGCAGAACACAAGGAGAAACUGAAACUGAAUACAGUGUGGUCAAGCUAAGGGGCGAUCAAAGGCCAAGCAUGGACGAUUGUAGCCUUUACCCGGAUGCAAUAGUUCAGCCAGGUGGCGGCGGGGAGAGGCUAAUGGCAGCUGCCACUGCAUACCAUAUGUCAGAAUUGGGAAGGUUCGGGAGCGGGAGUGGGGUGGCUCUUACAUUGGGGCUGCCACAUUUCGAGGGAGCUGGACUACCUGUGCCUGCCGGGACUCAUCAUGGCCUUGUCUCCAUGAGGGAGGAUGAUAUCUACAAUGCAUCGGCUUCGCCCUUUGGACCUGAGGCUGCAGAUUUUGACUGCAUGGAUCCCGGGAGUCGGCAACACAGAUUUAGCUCUUCCCAUCUACUGCAUGAUUUUGUGGCAUGAGAAAAGCUUGAUCCCAGAUCACAGCACCAUAUGGGUUGAUUUUGAGUGUUGCUCGAUGGGCGAAAGGGAUAGGAAUAAGUCAGUAGGAAGAGAGAGCUCAUCUUACUUGCAAAUCUAUGGGCUUUUGCCCCCUCUAAAUAUGGAAAUUUAUUAAACACAGUUGUAAUAUAGAAUGAGAGUGGAUGAUUAGCAUAUUUGUAAAGAUUUAAGAUACAUAUUUUUUGUUUGAUAUGUUGGAAGGGAAAUUGUAAAAUCUCUGAACUUCAGUUUUUGAAAGAAGAAUAAGAAGACAAUGACAACAA